AUGCUUUCGAUUUUUCUGGUGAUUUUUCUUCAAUUUGCAACAAUAUAUGGUCAGUAUGGAAUGUUCGGUGGAUAUGGAAUGAACUAUGGAAUAAACCCGUAUAUGGGAGGUAUUUAUGGAACCACAAAUCUCGUUGCCGACGACGAACCUCCAAAAAACAAGCGUGAUUGUCGCGGUCUUCCAUCCAUGAGAGCUCGAAGUAUUUGCAGAUACGGUAAUCCGAUGGGCGGCACAUUCGGAUGCACUGAUAUGAGUCCACAGUGCGCUUUGUGGGCGAGUACUGGUCAAUGCGCAACGAAUCCACUAACAAUGAGAUCAAUGUGCGCCAUGUCGUGCGGAUUGUGUCUUGGUACAGGAUUAGGCGCGAUCGGCACUGGCUUGGGAGCUGCUUAUCCAUUUGUGGGACGCUCGAUUUAUGAAACUGGAAUUUUCCGAUCACCUGAUGCUGAUUUAAAGCCGAUUGUGGCAAGAUUUCUCUAG